AAACGCACAGCAGAGCAACCAGCAGCUUCUCCGCUGACUCAAAGGCAGCCCGCUCGUCUUUUACGCACACACGCAGAAUACAUCAACCCAAGGAAAAGCACCUUUGCACGACAAUGAUUAAGAAAAUGUCGCCCUCCGAGAGCGAUUUUGACAUCCCAGCAAAGAACUGCUACAGGAUGGUGAUUUUGGGAUCCACCAAAGUUGGGAAAACGGCCAUCGUGUCCCGUUUCCUGAACGGGAGAUUCGACGAGCAGUACACGCCGACCAUCGAGGACUUCCACAGGAAACUGUACAGCAUCAAGGGAGACGUUUAUCAGCUGGACAUACUGGAUACAUCAGGGAACCACCCUUUCCCCGCCAUGAGGAGACUUUCCAUACUGACAGGCGACGUCUUCAUCCUCGUCUUCAGUUUGGACAACAGAGACUCCUUUCAGGAGGUGCAGCGGCUUAAGCGUCAGAUCUACGAGACUAAGUCAUGCCUGAAAAACAAGAUCAAAGAGAACAUCGACGUCCCUCUGGUUAUCUGCGGGAACAAGGGCGACAGAGAGUUCUACCGGGAGGUGCAGCAGGAGGAGAUCGAGCAGCUGGUGGCCGGGGACGACAAGUGCGCGUACUUCGAGAUCUCCGCCAAGCGCAACGAGAACGUGGAUAAGAUGUUUCAGACUCUGUUUACCUUGGCCAAACUACCUCACGAAAUGAGCCCCGACCUUCACCGGAAAGUGUCCGUGCAGUACUGCGACAUGCUGCACAGAAAGUCUCUGAAAAACAAGAAGAUGAAGGACAUUGGGGAAGCGUACGGCGUGGUGACUCCGUGCGCCCGGAGACCCAGCGUGCACAGCGACCUCAUGUACAUUAAAGAGAAAGCCAUCGGAGGCAGUCAAGGCAAAGACAAAGACAGAUGCGUGAUCAGUUAAGCGGACCGUGAGACCCAGACUCGAGACAAAUUGGAAAGAAAUUUGAAAGGAAAAGGAGCCUGGUGCGUCAGCUUGAGGGGCGACCUGUGCUGCCGGCUGCGCUCAAACUGACACCGGAGUUGUGGAGACGCCGGGUCCGCAGCCACGCGCUCUGGCGCAGCGCUGCGUUUCCAUGGACACUGAACUGGAUCCGCCAGUCCGCUUAAACUGCC